UCAAAGCGAUUUUGGAAAGCCUCGUCACGUGAUUUCCAUGGUCCACAGCUGUGCAUCUGUACGGUUCGCUAACUCGAGUUGAGUAAAUACUCAAUGUGGUCCUGUUAAAUAAAAAUCUGAAGCCAAUGUGAGCCCACUGCACUCGCCUUCCGCUAUCUAUACAACUGGUCAUUGCACCGCUGAUAAAGCACUAAGGGGACAAGAAGCGCUUUCCUGAGAUAAAACAAAUUGGUUUGGGAAUGACUAUUACAUUAUCCGAGAUUCAUAGUCAGAGUUAAAGUAAUUCCCGUCAAUUGUAUUAAAACUACCUCAUUGUUGGUUGGAUGCCUUACAUUCUUCCCUCUUUCAUUAUUAUCGUUACAAGUCAACGUAGUCUACAAUAUUGUCUCUCUUCCUGAGUAAUUGUGUUUCCAAUGGUACAUGGAAUGCUCUGAAUCAACCCGCUGUCUUGGUGGUAUUAUCGUCAAAUCUGAAAACACCUCUCCUGGCAAACUUGAACCGACAAAUUUGUCCAACACUCGGUCUGAUCUUUCAAACGGGAGUCCUCCAACCAGCACAGGUGAUUCACAAUCAUCGCAUUCCUCUCCUGAACAGGACGACCGACAGCAAUUACACAAAGAGCAAGUUAAAUCUCCGCCAAGCUAUCAAUACCAUUAUCCACAACACCCCCAUACAGCAUACAUUGCACGUGGUAUGCCCUCUGGGCUUGUUUUGGGAUCCCUCGCUGAACCAAGUCAAUUGUUGCCAUCAGAGGACGUAGAAGUGUUCUUCCACCACCUAGAUCAACCAAUGCCUACCUCAAGCACCCACUCAAAUUUGACCACGUCUGCUGUUCUAACUGAUCAUCACCACCCAUUUAGCCAAAUGUACCCCUCACAAGGAACCAUCCCAGUACCAACUUGUGUAGGCGUUCAGCCUGCUUAUGAGGCUUCCCCAACAUCGUAUAUUCACUCGGCAACCAGCCCAGUGUACGUACCAACCACAAGACCUGCCAUGCUGACUAUGGCGCACCAAUACAUCCAGCCAGGCGUCACAAGUGGCACACCACAACAAUCGCCAGUUCAGACAAGUCCCCACGUCUGGUCAGCGCAGUCUGAUCCCACGGGGGCCUACGCAUCGAAUGCCACGGCAGUUAAUCAGCGAUUUUCUUUUCCACCAAGCCCCCCGAUUACCUCUGGAGCAUCAAACCUAAGUCGCCAUCAUAAUGGUCUCAGUCCUUAUGCCCCGUAUGUUGGUAGUGAAUUCAGCUCCUGGACAGCCGCCGCCUCGUAUGACCCACUACACAAUGUUGCUCGCACCAGCGCUCUAAACAGACGACUCGAUGGUUGCCCUGGAGAAAUGUGGACCCCAGACUAUGGAGAAGGAAGAGAAUGCGUCAACUGUGGAGCAAUGUCAACGCCUUUGUGGAGGCGUGAUGGUACUGGACACUACCUCUGCAACGCAUGCGGUCUUUAUCACAAGAUGAACGGUAUGAACAGGCCGCUUAUCAAACCACAGAGACGAAUGUCUGGGUCAAGAAGAGAGGGGAUUGCAUGUGCUAACUGCCGAACAUCCACUACGACACUUUGGCGAAGGAACAAGGAAGGGGAGCCGGUUUGCAAUGCAUGCGGACUCUAUUACAAGCUACAUAAUGUUAAUCGACCACUUGCUAUGAAAAAGGAUGGUAUCCAGACAAGAAAGAGAAAACCAAAGAGCGCUAAGUCGUCACAACAGCCAUCCACCCAGAGUCCGGUGCCGCAUAUUGACGCAAAACGUAUGAAGCAAGAUUCUGAUCACUUGACGCAUGUCCCUGUUCAUGGAUCCAUCAAGAUGGAACCCUAUACAAACGGGCUUUCUGUACAUUCUAUUGGUAGCCCUCACUCCAUAGUGAACAUGCAGAGUAACCAGUCAAUUAUGACGACGCCUACCAGUAACAUUAUCCUAUCGAACGGUUCCGCUAACCCACUGAACCUAGUUGCUAACCCCACUCCAGAGAGUAGUCCCAACAUUCAGACGACGGUCGCACAAACCAUCUUUAAUGCCGUUAACCCGUCACCACCAGUAGCUGUUGCAGUCAAUCUCGAAAGAGGGAGUCCAAUAUCAGUUAAAAGAGAGUGAACUGUAUAAUAUUUAUGAAUGAUGUAAAUUAAAUGCGCCAUCAUUUUGAUCAUGGAUGCGAAUGGAACAUUCUGAUAAUAUGUAUUCCUUAAGAAUAUCGGCACGAUCAAACACUGGUAGGUUGAACUGGCCUGUUGGCGCGCGAUUGAAUUUUUCGUGUUCGCGAAAGAAUGUACAAUAAAAAUAGCCUAUUUGUUUUAUCAUUUAAAUCAUUGUUAUUUUUUGCCUAUGCGAUGUGUGCUUGGCAUUUUACAAAAUUUACUUCAUUUCUACUGAGUGAAGUAAGAACUACAAAGUCAACAAGUCUUCCAAAUAAUUGCUUUGAAGAAGCAAUCGUCGAACGUUUUGUCAUACUCGCAAGAGUUUAUGCAAAUGGAGAAAAUCGAGCAAAUGUGAAUACAUUAAGCCUAAGUAUAGAUUUUAAGAAAGAUUAGUACAUAGGAUUAAAAACCUACGAUAUUUUGUGCAAUGAUUUUCCAUAAAAAAUAAACGAAAGUGUAGGCAUAUAUACAUCAUUUUCCUGAACAAAUAUUAAAUUAAACUGAGUAACAGUAGUAGGCCAAUGACUUAAAAUUAAAGCUUUUUGCUUACUAAUGGUGCUGGAUAAUUGAAUAUAUUUGUCGAUAGCAGUAAUAUAACGAGGACCCAGCAAAUAAAACGUUACGUAACUUUAACAAACAUUGUGGUUGGUGUGUUGAAUAAAGACGUAAACAAAACGUUAGAUCAACGUUAUUAAAAAUUACGUUUAUAAUGUUUAUAAAAGUUAUAAUAACGUCGAAAUGUUAGCUGGAAAUCAUCAGUAGUACCUCGUCGUACCCUAAAUUGAUGGUAACUAAAUGGGCGUUAUUAAGACAACCCGUAGUUUAUAAAACACAAUUAAAGCAUUUAUCAAUACGGCUAGUUAUUCAUGCAAAGAAUGUUUUUCAGUAAAUGUAUGUUUGGUGAAAAAAGUAGGCCAGCCAAUUAGUUAAAGUAGAAGGGUCCAAGAAGUGUCAUAGAUGGUAGCGUGGCCUUCUGUUAUGAAUAAAGUAACAUUAAGAUGACUUGUCAAAUUAACUAAAACGCAAGUGUGCUAUAACAUCAGUUAAAAUUAUUCAUUCGAAACCUAUUCAGAUGUCUUCAAGACAGGGAGAUUUCGCAACCUUACGAAAACGACAACAAAUACGUCAUUAUCAUUGUCGUCAUUCGUGCCUAAAACAUUCUUGACAAAUGCUAUACGAGCUGAAUAUGAUUUUUGAUUCAUGCAAAAGGCAUAAAUUGCCUACGAUGUGACAGAUAGGCCUUUGCUACUGUGGGAAGAGUUGGCUUAAAAUUUGAUGACGUAACCGUAUUCGUUAUCGUUUUCGGAAGCUUGCAAAAACUUCCUAUUAUUGAGAUAAUACUGGUAAUUGCUCUUUUGAAAGAAUACAUUCAAGCAUUAAAAUGGUUGUAAAAAAUAUAUUAAUUUCCGUAAGAUUGUUUUUUUUUUAUUUAUUUGCUAAGCGAUUAACACAUUGCUGUGUCAUUUCUUGUUGCUGUACAUUCUUUCUCUUGAGUUACAAUUUUGGAAGUCGCCAAUAGGUGGUUUUUGAAAAACGUAAUGUUGAUAUUUAACAAAGUGUUGUAUUAUGAUUUAAAUCAAUUAAUAUUAUUAUUACCUAAUUGAAUGCUGAUUAUUAAUCAGCCGGUGUUAGGCUAACACAGCAAAAGUGUGCAAAUGUGCCAACUACCUUGUACAUAGUUAUUAAAUUUGAAAUAUUUGUUUUUCUUUUAAUAUUGCGUUGAUAAUUUUCACUCGUUCGUUUUUACACUGUGGCCGCAUUAUAGGUGUACAUCAAUGUAAUUAUUAAUUAAACAUUUAAAUAAUUGAAACGUUUAAACGUUUGGUCCGAUCAGGCGUGGCAAAUACAAUUAGUCUUAUACCGCACUACCUCCAGGUAGAUAAAUUUGAUAACAAAAGUAAAAGUAAUAUUUUGUUUUCGAUAGAUUAGGCUACAGUAUUUUUUUUUAUUAUUAUAAAUGCAAGAAUAUUUUGUUGUAUUAAAAAAACAUGAUUUCUGUCAGGUAUUUAGAUAUCAUAUUGUUUUUUUAAAUAUGAUGAGAUUUCUUUUUAUAAAUCAUCGACAACUGUGUGCUAUCAAUCGACUGUUCUAACCUCAGUAUUAUUGUUCUUGUGACACAUUCGUUUGAAUUGCAUUAAUGGAUGUGUGUACAUCUAUAGUUGUAGAUUAUUGGAUGUAAUUAUAUGUGAUGAGGUCUGUAAUAUGUCAAUUAGUAAUAAAUAGUCUGAUCAACAUUAAAUGUGUUAAAUAACAACAUUAAA